AUGAAAACUAAACUCUGGACUCCAGACUCGAGACAAAUUGCCAAUAAAUUGCUAAUCAAUUCGUAUGAAAAGCAAAGAUAUAAUAUUAAUAAUGGCUAUAAAGAAGAGAUUUUGAACGGCUAUAGCGAUGAAGACAAUGGAUAUUAUAGAGACCAUUGGCGCGGAGGCAUCGAAGCCAUUGAUCUACUGACGAGUCCUAAGUAUUAUCCGGGAGUCCGAAGGGAUGGCCAAACAGAGGGGCCUUUAGAUCUGGAGUGUCUUUAUUACGAUCAGUUUGAGUGCAAUUCAUCCGCAGAACAUAAUUCACAUAAAAGAGAAACUUUCAGUUCUUCGACCGCUUCUCAAAGAUAUCAUUGCGAAAGUCAGUCAACAUAUUGUGGUCAACAAAGUGUGGCUCAAACGCAACCAUUGGAUCCAAACCUCGAGAGUGUGAUCGACGACGCGAUUUCGUUGGAGUCUUCGUUCAAGUCUUUGGAUUCAAACAAUUCCUCGCUUUCGGCACAAUAUAUGCCAAACACUUGCGAAUGGAUUGACUGUUACUCUGUAUUUAAAAGUCAAGAGGAAUUAGUAAACCACAUCGAAAAGUUUCACAUCGAUCAGAGGCGCAACAACGAUGAGUUUACUUGCUUUUGGAUGUCGUGUCCUCGAAAUAAACGACCCUUUAAUGCCAGAUAUAAAUUAUUAAUACAUAUGAGAGUACAUUCCGGCGAAAAGCCCAACAAAUGCACAUUUGAAGGCUGUGUUAAAGCAUUUUCACGUUUGGAGAAUCUAAAGAUCCACACGAGAUCUCAUACCGGGGAACGACCCUAUGUUUGCCAGUUUGACAAUUGCAACAAAGCUUUCAGUAAUUCAUCCGAUCGGGCAAAACAUCAGAGAACACAUAUCGACACUAAACCAUACGGAUGUCAAGUCCCUAAUUGUGGUAAAAAAUAUACGGAUCCGAGUUCUCUAAGAAAACACAUGAAAAAUCAUUUACAGAAAACAGACAAAAGAAAAAAGACUUCGAGUACAUCAACACUUUCAUCGAGACCUGAAGACAUCUCAACGCGUGAUAUGUAUAGAAGUAAUAGAAGUCUUAGCUCUUCGUUGAACUCGUCGUUUAACGGAAGCAUUUCGAGCGCAUUAUCGCAGUCGUGGGGAGGCAUGAGUUCGCCCCUCAGCUCGUCCUGUGUUUCCCGUAAUUUCAAUACAGAGACGCCUAAAAUGAUGAGACCUCUAUCGAUGGCCAGUUCAUACAAUGCCGGCCCUUCUGGCGGACAAUUCUGGCAAAAUGAUCGACAAAAUGGUCACAACAUUCAUAACACUUAUGAUCACACAAAUAGUUUGGCCAACAUAUUGGCCAACACAUCAAUUCAGGGAUUAACUAAUCAACAUAUUUCUAAACUAUUAGCUCCUAUUCCUAACAGUCCCGACGCACAGGCCUUCACUCAAACCAUUGAUAGCACGUCCACUUAUUAUCAAUAA